CACCUAGUCGAUGCCCUCCCAGGUUCUCCCGCUCACGUGACCUGUCUCGUAGGCAGGCACAAGCUUCGCCCCUUGCCCGUGCAAGCUGUUAUGUAAGGGGAGCGCACGCAGGGAGGGGAGAGGUGAGGCUAGUGCAGGGGUGAAAGCCUCUUCAUUUAUAAUAUGGAGAUAUACCUAUCUCAUAGAACUGGAAGGUAAGGGUGCGCAUCAGCUGUUGGGGAAAAAAGCUGUCUGACUAGUCCAAAUGGAUACAAUUUUGAACUGCAAUCUGGAUGAUACGGAAGAUUAUUACAUCUUGCUAGGAUGUGAUGAACUAUCCACGGUUGAACAAAUUCUUGCAGAGUUUAAGGUCAAAGCCCUUGAGUGUCACCCUGACAAACAUCCUGGAAACCCUAAAGCUGUGGAGAAUUUUCAGAAGCUGCAGCAGGCUAAAGAGAUUCUUACUAACGAAGAGAGUCGAGCUUCUUAUGAUUACUGGCGACGAAGCAAAAUUACCAUUCCAUUCCAGCAGUGGGAGGCUCUGAGCGACUCCAUAAAAAUGUCAAUGCACUGGGCUGUCAGAAGUAAGAAAGAGCCAAUGCUGGAAGCACCUGAGCUAAAUAAUAGCAACAACAUAACUAAUGACACUUGGGCCCAACAGACUGAAAACAAUAAAGAUGGAUUGUCAGCUGAGAGAAGGGAGCAAGACGAUGCUGAGACUUCUGAUGAGAAGCCACAAUCACCAAAGAGUCCAGACUCUCCAAGAUUUUUAGAUGCAAAUUGCUCACACUUGCGUUUCCGCUGGUCAGGUGAUGCCCCUUCAGAGCUUCUGAGGAAGUUCAGAAACUAUGAAAUAUGAAGUAUGAGCCCAAGAUACCUGAGAGCAUGGAAUCAUCUGCUCAACAGUGCAGUAUUUUUUGUCCAUGAUUAAAACUUGUUUGUAUCUUGUGCCUGUUCACCAUUAUUUGAAUGUUCAAUUAUGUGGCUUUGUAAUACUGAUCUGUUAUCACACUUUGUGUAAGUAUUUUAGGUGGAAGAAAUUUUGAGAGGGAGAGGCACUAUCUUUAUUCAGUAUUAGCAUAAGUAACAAUUAUAUGCAGAAAGUGGUCCAGUGUUUUAUAUGUUUCCUGUGUUCUUCUUUAGUAUACAACCAGAAGGCUUUUCUGUCCAUGUUAAACAUAUAGAAUGUAUUGUGCGUAUAUACUUCUUGCAGGAUGUAGAACUCAUGGUAUUAAAAAAUAAUCUCCCAGACCUGAAUGCCAAUGAAUUUUAAAUGUAGCUGUGUGCAUUUCUAAAUUAAAUAUUUUGGGCCUGAUAUUCCAUUGCCUUGCACAUUGUGCAGUCAUUCAGGCCUAUGCACAGUGGAUGUAAAACAAGUGUGAAUAAUUGGAGAGUUCCGACUUGGUAAUGUUUUGAACUGAUGUUAGUGACUAAAUGAGACAGUGGAAAAUCAGGCCCAUUAAGUUUUAAUAUGAGCAACAAUUAAUAUGAAACACUUUGAUUCUUUGGGCAAUGUUGCAAAUUUUUAAGACUGUAUUAUUUAUUUUGCAUUAUUUACUUCCUUGUCACAGCCUGACCUAUAUAUAGGAUAUAAUGAUAGCAGUAAAAUGGAUUUGUGGAUUGAAGGUGUUUUGUUUGUUGAGUGAUAAGCUAACUUUACAGCAACAAAAUUAAGUUUCUGUAGGAUAUAUACAUAAAUAUUGACUAUUCUUUUAAUUUCUUGGAUCCAGAUCAUACCCUGGAGUUUCCUGCCUACCAUCUCUUCAAAUGGGGGGAGUUUUAAGGGGGCCAAACGGAAGAGAAAGUGUGAAGCCUCCCCAAAACCCAUGAAUUUUUGGGAGCUUCAGGGAAGGGUAACCCCAGAUCAACAAAGACAAAGACGUCUGCUGUAUCUGUGCUUGUACAGGGAAACCAGCUAGCUCAGUCACCCUGUGGUUAGCAGCUGCCAAGGAAAUCUUAUCUAAAUAUUAUGAUUAUUGUAUCAGAUAAUUCUUUGGCCAAUAGUUGCAAUACAACUAUGGAGUUAUUUUUGUGUUAUGCAAAAUAAAAUACCAUUAAUGCCAUUCACAUUGUAGCUCUGUAGUCGUGGCACAAAUGAAAAAACUAAUAUGGAACUGGGAACGUGCUGAUAGUCCCAAAGCUUGUUAGAUAUAAAUGGCAAGUUAAUAGUUAAAAAAUGUCAUCUGAUGAACAGAUUAAAGCUGAAUGCAAAUAAUGUCAUUAAAAAUUCCAGUCUCAGUAAAAUUAAGGGGUGAGCACAAUUGUUUCCUGUUUGCCAUUUUGUUCUCAGAAUAUGAUGAUAGCUACAGGUUCAAGAAUAGUAGAAAAUGGCAUGGAUGACUAAUACGGUUACUGAGAAGCUUUAAUUUCCUGAAGGCAAACACUGUUACCUUCCACUUUCAUAUCCAUAAAUGAGGAGAAACUAAGAUUGCUGGGGAUGUUAGUGAAGUGAAGAUGUUAUAAAGCUGAUGCAAUGACAUAGCCAAUGAUAAAAGGACUCACAAUAAAGGCUUCAGUCGGUUUCAGAUGCUGUGAUAUGCAUCAGUUA